GGGCGGUGGCGGGGCGUUAUGUUAUCACUUCCGGCGGUAACGAAGCCGGUGGUUUUCUCAGGUGGUCGCGCGCGCGGGAUAAAAGGAAACAGAUCUGGCUCAGAAUAUUGGCUUCCCCGCCCCACUAUGGCCUCUCUGCUCAAGGUGGACCCAGAAGUUAAGAUCAAGGUAGACUCUUUCAGGGAGAGAAUCACAAGUGAAGCUGAGGAUCUAGUGGCAAAUUUUUUCCCAAAGAAGCUUUUAGAACUUGAUGGGUUCCUUAAGGAUCCCAUUCUGAACAUUCAUGAUCUCACACAAAUCCACUCAGACAUGAACCUUCCCGUUCCAGACCCAAUUCUGCUGACAAACAGUCACGAUGGACUGGAUGGGUCCAAUAUGAAAAAGCGAAAAUUAGAAGACUGUGAAGAGACCUUCCAAGGUACCAAAGUGUUUGUCAUGCCUAAUGGUAUGCUGAAGAGCAACCAGCAACUGGUGGACAUCAUUGAGAAAGUAAAACCAGAGAUUCGGCUGCUGAUUGAGAAGUGCAAUACAGUCAAAAUGUGGGUGCAACUGCUGAUUCCCAGGAUAGAAGAUGGAAACAACUUUGGUGUUUCUAUUCAGGAAGAGACUGUGGCGGAGCUCCGAACUGUGGAGAGUGAGGCAGCUUCAUAUUUAGACCAGAUCUCUAGAUACUACAUCACACGAGCAAAGUUGGUUUCUAAAAUAGCAAAAUAUCCUCAUGUGGAAGAUUAUCGCCGCACAGUGACUGAAAUGGAUGAAAAAGAAUACAUCAGUCUCCGCCUCAUCAUUUCAGAGCUCAGAAAUCAAUAUGUGACUCUGCAUGACAUGAUUCUAAAGAAUAUUGAGAAGAUCAAGCGACCCCGGAGCAGCAAUGCAGAGACCCUCUACUGAUCUGGCUACAUUCUGAACUUAUGAACUCUUCAGUAGGCUGAAAACAGUCUUUGCCUCAGUCUAUGUGACUAUCAGGAUGGAAAAGCUGUUGGAAACAGUCCCCUCCAUACUAAACAUCUAAAGAAACUCGCCUAGUCCUUUUCUGGUUGGUUUUUUUAUUGGAUCUUUAAAUUUCUCCCUUUUCCUACUAUGUAUUUGAGAUAUAGAAGGCUAGAACAGAGCAUCUUCUCCUAUAUUGGUAGGAAUGGGAGAUUUGCCAAGCUGCUGCAGGCAAGGAUCCCGAGAUCAGAAGCCCUAAAUGAUCCAGAUCUAGCAUCCCUGACAAAUUGCUUCCCAGGUAGGUUGUCCCUGCCAAAAGCAUUGUUGACCUACUCAGAGCUGAUGUUUCUAGUCAUAAGCUUCACUUCAGUCUUCCCACUGAAACUCAGUUUUUCAUCUCAACAUGGUUUGCCCUUAUCUAAUUUGUCCAAUCAUGCAAGUUCUAAUGCCACUGUAAAUUUCUCCUUUCUACACGUACUUCUUCCAUUACUUUUAUUUUAUCAUUCUGAAUACACACACACACACCACACACACAAUCUUCCAGACGUUUAUGAGAAAGUAAAUCUACUCUUGCCUAACAAGGAACUCUAGCACAGCAUUUGAGUGCGGUGGGCAUUCUCACUUUUUUUUUUCCUUGGGGUAAAGCAAACCUAUUAGAUAGUUUAGCAAAAUUGAUCUGCCAAAUUUCAGCAUGAACGAUCAAACACGGUCAAGUAUAUUCAUCUUAAUCCUUUUUUCUUCAGUACUCUAAUUAAAUGUUUCUUGCCUCACUUUCAGGAAUACCCAAAGUGUCCUAGGUGUCCUGCUAGGUCUGAAUAAGUCCAGUUGGCUUCUUCCAUUUUUCUCGUUCUGGUUUUCAUGAGAACAGGAAGGGGAUGCUGUCUAUCUGGGAUGCUGCAGUUUCUUUUCAGAUUUACUAUUUAUCUUUAUAUCCACCUAGUGCCGUAGUCUUGUUAGUGGUGUUAGAUUUGUUAAAAAAUAGGCAACAGUGGCAGGAUGAAUGAAGUUUGUUGGCUGCUU